AGGCGUUGAGCAUUGCGCGCUCAACGAAAUUUUGACGGGAAAGCACUUUGCUUGAACGGCGGUUGCUUAAAAUUGUUACUAUUGCCAGAGAUUUUGUUAAUUUCUGAAACAUUUUUGAAAAUCUCACUUCUUCGCACAGUAAAUUGUUUUUCGGGAAUUUUUUUUUCUUCUUGAAUUUUUUUUUUUUUUGAAGCACGUGUGAGCAGUGUGUGCUCCAGCAUGUGGCCGUUAAGAGGCGGUAUUUAACAAGAGUUCGGGUUACUUGAAAACAGAAUUUCAAAUUUAUUAUUAUUUUUUGAUGUUUGCAACAUCGGCGUGUUGUAGUCGCUGGAGCAGGGUGAGCAACAGUUGCAGCCGCAAUAUGAUGUUUACUUUGUGGCCGUUCAAGUGGACGCUGUUGCUGUUGUUGGUCAUGUUUCUCAUUAGUAAAGUGGCAGCAAAGUGGCCUCCCGACCCACAUCCACCCAUUUAUCCACAACAUUGGCCUCAUCGCUACAUUGACGACUUUGUAAUUGAUUCUGGGAGUUUUGGUGACGAAAAAUCCAUCGACGGAAACGGAAAUGCUGUAUUUGACAAAACAAAUGCUGACGAAAUGACGCUGCGAGAAGUAUUGCAGCAAUCAAAGGUUAUUGAAGCUCCCGCAGAGGAAAGACGUCAGCGACAAUUGCAGUGGCUGGGUGGUUGGUUGUUUGGGCAAAGGCAAGCGGAAACAAGGCGAACGCAACAAGAGUGGCAACCAAUGCAACAACAAUCGCUGCUGCGUAUGCAACACCAACAACCGGUGCAAACAAAAGGAUUUCGUAUACAGGAUGCUGAUAUCGUUGUCUAUAAGAAAGCGCCCGAAUUUGUACCCGGUGAAGAGAAGAAAAGUUCCGCUGAAGGUGAAAGUGACGUGGAUAGCUCCAAUCAUGUGGGGGAGACUGCGGAAAAACAGGAUACACUAACGGAUUAUGAUUACAGUGGCGAUGUGUCUACGGCUAACGAGCGUUUUAAUACCGAGCAACCACCACGCUCCAAACGGAUCUCCUUAGCGCGCAACCUUCGCUUAGACUAUGGUUAUAUACCCUAUACGGCAUACCAGUACGAUCGACAGAAAGAGCUCGAGGAAGCAAAGAAAUUGGCUGUUAAGCGCAACAAAACUGGCAAUAUGGAUCAACGCACUUUUCUGCCCUCAAUAAGUGCUGGCGCCAUGACACAUCUCGGUAAUUUCUUUACGGAUCUUUCAAAAAACGUGCAUUACAAUGAGAAACCAUUGCCGCUAAGUCAUGAGGAGGCAAAAUUACUGGAAGGUCAACAUCCUUUGCGUGAACUGCAUCAGAAGAUAACUGGCGGACACGAGGCAAACGCAGAAUUGCUACACGCGAUUCGCACAUAUCGACCCUCGCAGAAGAUACGUUCACUGGUGGCCAUGAAUCCGCGUGGUUAUCAUGGCGCACAAUUCAUCGAUCCCAAUUACAUGUGGGUGGGCUUGGGUAAAUAGCGAUACGCGCGGCGGCGUUGUGGUAGUUGGCAUUGUGCCAUCGAUCCACCUUGUUGGCAUGGAGUUCGAGAAUGAGGUUCUCAAAUGCCCUGCUCUCCUUCUCAUCGACUCCUCUACCCACCACACCCCACCACAUCGCGUUUUAAAUGCUACAACGAAACACAGUGGAUGCAGUUGCAUAUGUAUUGUAAAUUAGAAUGAUGUAGAUAUGUAUGCACGUAAAUAAGAUUGGCUUACGUCUUUUCCAUUCGAGAGUUUUGCAGAGUAUUUUCUUUUUCUUUAUCAAAAAUAUUUAUUCAGGCAAAAAGUGUGUGUAUGUUUCACCUCCCCACCUAAGAUUCAGCUCAUCAAGAAAGAUAUCCUUGUAAUAUGUAAAACUAUGCGAAAUAUAUACAUAUAACCAAUACAUACUUACAUAUAUUGCAUAUUAGUAGCUGCAA